GCCCUUUAUUCCUCUACGACACAUCCUCUUGACACCUGUUUCUUUGACCACAGUUUUUCUUUCGUCGCUAAAAAGGUGAUCUACAAUGUAGACAUGCUGUUGACGACAUUAUAAUUUGCGAGCGUCCAUCAAGAAUAAGCUCUAUUAAUUUCUUGGGAGCUCUAUUAUUUUUUACAAGAUCGAUGUUCAUGACCAGGAGCAGUCAGGCCCAUGAUGACUUCUAGAGCAGACAAGAUGUUGACUUCAUCCGAGUUUUGUGCAGAAUGGUUCAGUCCCGACUACGACUCGAUCCGCUUUUCAGCUAAGAAACCGAGUAGCCGGAAAACCUUUCAUGACGUCUGCGUGCGCUACGGUCCCAGCUUCUGGAAACUGCUGCAGUAUUACGAAAAUAACACUGGUUGUGAUGUACCGGACAAGGAGAGGGAAGGUAUACUGCCUGAUGGCGCUAGGAGAGUCUCGUCUCACGAAAUAAACGUCAGUAGAGUUCUUGGUGACACGGAUGCGAAAGCUGCUUCUGGACUUGCGCGAGUGGAUAGCGUAGCCUCUGUCGAUGUCUUUGCUACACCCGACGAGGUUGGGAAACAUCACUCGAGAACAUCACUCUUGUCAAGAGGAGAACCACCAUUGACUGGCGAUAUUAGAAAUUCAAAUACUCCUGCAGCUCUUACUAGUUGUCCUAAAAAUGCGACGGCGUGUUCUAGUUCCACCAGUGAUGUACAACUAGGGGUCGACUCCUCUUCAACAUCUUCUUCUGAUGGAAGCACAAUAAUCGAAGAGCAGCUGUCUCUUUUGCGACAAGCAGUAUUUUUAGACCAAACGGUACGAAACUUAGAGCCGUUGUGGUCUUCAACUGAUGGCCCCUUGACGUUUUUCGAGGAUGCUUCUUCCACUUGCGGUUCCUCUGCUAAAAGAGCUCCAACAACAUCAACUCCUAAGGACAUCAGCAGGCCUAGCCGUAAAUGCGGACCAGCACCAGCGUCUCUGCCUUAUGCCGUUCUUAAGCGACGUGCGGAUGCAGUCGCCUACUCUUUGAUCAAAAGGGUCUUCGGCUUUCUACGUGACGGCAAAGAGAGUGGCAAAGAGAGUUUUGGCGCUUGUGACGCCACGACUAGUACUAUAUUCUUGCUAGAACAAGAAGAAGAACAUCAGACUAAGAGUCUUAAGGUGCUGGUGGAACGGUUGUGGACACGAGUCCAUAGCGUGUAUGAGCCUUGUUUCUGGUCUCUGGUUGCUCGGCAUCAACGCUCUUCAGAAGGUUUCGCGCUUGCGAAGGAGAUCCUUAACCGAUUUCUCAAGUGUGCUCCUAGUGGCAGUGUCGUGAAGGAGGAAAGUCAAAGUCUCACGCAUACUCUAAGCGAUGGAGCUGUGAAUGUGGAAAGGACAGAGACAAGAGCAUGUCCUACAACAGCUUCUACAUCAAAAGAUGCUCUUGGAGGAAGAGAAGACUUCGGAAUUUUAACCGCCUUUCUGGAGAAGACGGUAGAAACGGAGAAAGAAAUCGAAGCCGAAGCCUACGUCACGUACGCUCUGACACAAGCAAGUGUGAGACGGUGGUGUAGGGACGAGGACCUCAAUGGCACAGGAGAAGAAGAUGGCAAAAUGGAAGGUGGCGACCUGGAAGAGGACGUGGACGAAAAUCCUAUACAUCAAGAUUCGCCAGAACAAGAUGACCAAAACACGAAGAAGACAAAGAGUGGCAGAAAACAUUUACAUCUUCUUCCAAGCAGAGAUGGCGCGGACUCUACACCUGUAAUGAAUCAGGCUGUUGAGAGUGUGGCUGAAAAAGAGAAGGCCAAAGUUGAAAAUGCAUCCAUUCCUCGGAUUGGAUCCUCAGCACCAGUGAAUCCUGAAACGCAGGCCUUGAUGCGUAGAUUUACUCCCUUAAGGUUUCUCGAUCCAAAGUGCAUUGAGAGCGUGAAAAAGGAGCUCGAGGAACUUACGUUGGAGCAUGAUGACUUGCAAGUAGGUGUACAACCCACCGAAGAACGUAGUUGUACGCGUACGAUGUUAGAGGCCUUGUUUGCGCCUCGUUUUUCGAGUGCGGAGGACGUGCGCGGACUGAAACAGCACCCUUUGGUUUGUGCACUGCGCAGUUCCUUACGAAGAGCUCCGUUCGCGAAGAAUGUGUUGUUGAACAAGGAAGCGGGUAUUGUCCUGAGUCUGUCAGGUGGCGUAGACUCCAUUGUGCACGCGGCGUUAUUAGCGGUCCUGCGGGACGAGUUGGUUGGAAGCGUGUGUGCGUUGCACCUUCGCCACGCGAACCGCGCAGAACAGCGAGAGGAAGAGUCGUGGGUCGGUGCACUUGCGGAAAACCGACUUGGGCUUCCGUUGUACUGCUUUACGGUCUCUCUGCAGCGUCCCCACGGCGAGCUGAAGACGGGACUGUCCCGUGAGCGCUAUGAGGCAGCCACGAAGGAUAUACGAUUCCGCAUGUAUCAACAAUGCUUCCGCAAAAUGAAUGUCGCAGAAGCUAACGCUAGCGUCAUGAUAGGCCACCAUCAAGAUGACGUAGAUGAAAACAGAAUCGCAGAACUCCUGAAAGGCUCUCUUGUGCACAUAAACGGCGUUUCGGAAUGGUUGGAUCUUUCUGUGGAAAACCAUGGAGCACCCUCACAGCCUUUGAAUGCGACAGCGACAUCACACGACCCAACGACCCCUAAAACCAGCGACAUACGAUUUCGUCCAUCAACUUCGACUUUCACGCUAAGCCUCUAUCGUCCACUCUUAGAGUGUCGAAAAGACGAGUUUUUCGCCUUUGCACAUGCCGAGAAACUGUGCUAUAUGCGAGACAGCACCCCUUUGUGGUCCCGACGCGGCUGUAUUCGUCAGGUGCUUGAUUGGGCCAUCGCUUCAUCAAACUCUCGUCAAGCCGACCGCGACAAUAGUUGUACUCCCAUAGUCUCUACUACUGAUGGCUCUGGGACGAGUAAGAAAGGACUCCCAAGCAGCAGUUCCACCGACCACGAUAUUUGUAAUACAUCAGAGAUCUCUGAGAAGAUUCAGAAACAAAUUCGUGCUAGCGCCAGUUCUAGCACCAGUAGUUCCAACACGACAGUCUCCGAGAUUCAGAACGACCUAAAGAAGCUUGGGGAUUUAUCCACCGCACUAGGCGACGAAAUGGACGUGGCGGUUAGAAGUUGGAAGGAGACUGGCGUUUUUGAAAUCGGUUAUUCUCAAGGGCAACAGCAACGACAACCGGAAGAUGGUAAUUUUACGAGCUCUUCUGCAAGGAGUCGGCAUUUCGUGUUAAACGUGGGUAUUCUUAAAGAGUUGGCAGCACAAUUCGAAGACCGACUCUCUGAACUAGUAGUGCAGAUCGACCGAUUUCGGCAAGUGUGGAAUCCGCUUCUAGAGGCUUAUGCGAGUACUGUGAACGCUGACGUUCGUUCUGCGUUACAGCCCAUUCCAGCUACGUCGGACAUCAACAAGGGCACAUCAACUACCAAGACAAAGAAGCAGUUGAACAUCGCAGGUCCGUUUUUGUUCACGAGAGCCGUCUACGCAGCUCAAAGUGCCACAGGGAAAUUGCGCUUGCAUGCUCCAUCUCCUGGUUCUAGUACGUCUUCCUCUUCUUCUGGUGCAGCCCCUUCCUCCGAGUCCGAACAAAGGCAGUCACAGAUUAUGUUGGGCAAGAGGUCCUUGCAUCAUUCCUGGCAAGCAUGUGAGCGUGCUCGUGUAGCGCACGUGCAGAACGGAAACCUGCAUAGGCAAGUUGCCUAUCGCUACUUGCCGAGUGAACAACUGCUGAUCGUAAAGGCUGGAUCAGAGAACGAACUAGACGAUUUCUUUGCGCUAGACAUCAAGGAAAGCUUUGAUCUUUCUACGAUCUGCCGGCAACCGCAUCCGUCCACAAGUGCUGCUGAAGGGAUUGUCUACACAUCAGAGAGUGCUGAAGGGAUUGUUGCCUGCUCAGAAGCUUGUUCUGGUAAGAACGCAGUAGCUGUGAGGACUCCGGAUCAUGCGGGCUCUAAUUAUACAUUGGUCGAGACCCCACGCACAGUGCGUUGCAAGCGUUUCGAGCAAGGUAGGUGUACUUUCGGUUCAACGUGCAAGUUUCUACAUGCAGAGGAUACCAAGGAACGAUUGCGGGCCAAAUUGGAAACCUCUCCUGCGCUUAAACACCAGUGCCGCUUCGUCAUUCACGGACAAAGGCGGUGCAAAAAUGCAGCACUAGUGGGAGGCAGUGGACUAUGUAGUCGGCAUACCGGCGCGUUGAAGAUGUCACCCUCAACCUCUGUUGGGGAGAAAACUCAGACUAGUGUUGCUGCGUCGAUGAAAAACGACGCAAAUCAGACUUCCAACAAGAGUACUAGGAUAUCCGCCAGUUGUCGAAGGAUGCAAAAUCCAGAGUCCAUAAGGGAUUUACCAGCGCCUUUGCCUCUUGCGAGUUCCAAUCGGGAAAGUUCGAUGAAGACAUCUAUUCUACUGGACAUCGGCUGCGCCCGAGGACGCUGGUUGCUUGAUUUACAUCGAUCACUGGUGGCUGUACAGGAAGGUCAAAGCCCUAUUGAACCUUCUGAUUCUUCAGCUUCACCCACUACCUUCCCAACUUCCUUGUCCUUAGUAGGCCUAGAGUUGCGUCCGGACCUCGUGGAGCAAGCAAAUGAAGAAGCAUCUUCAGGAGCGUGUCUUGUUCAGAAACAAAAACAGGAGGACCUUGGUCAUUUACAACCACCAGUUUUCCGGUCGAUGAAUUGUAAGAAUGAAGCUCAUUGGGAUGCACUACUUGAACUCGAUGGAGAAGGCCAGGAAACCACGGACAUCCAAUUUGCCUGUAUCCAAUUUCCAGACCCAUGGGCAAAAAAACGCCAUCUCCGUCGGCGCUUAGUCGAUUCUGAAUUUGCAGAGCUUCUGCUUAGGAGAAUGGGUAUUUUACAAGAACGAGACGAUGGAUGUGCAUCGUCUUCUCUUGCAGAAACGGAAAGUGCCCAUGUGUCUGCCGUGGUAGAGCGGAUUCGACAAGCCUGUCCCGAAGUUGUAGCAAACGAAAGCAAUUACAACGAUGACAACAUCAACAACACCCUACCAGGAACACGUUCGAAGUAUCUCUAUCUGAGCAGUGAUCGAGAGGAUCUUUUGCUGGAGAUGACAGAAGUCUUCGCGAAGGUACUCACAACAACUGAAAACGGUGUUUGGCAGUGGCGUCAAAUCCGUGUACAAGCCCAUCCCUUUGGCAUUGGCACAGAACGUGACCUUGUCUGCGAGCACUUGCACCGUGAGGUGUUUAGGAUGCUCUUUGUCUUUUCUCACCGUGAGGAAGGCGGAGGGCCAUAGAAAAAUAGGAGUCACUCACAAGAACGACAGGGCUGCUGUUGUUUUAGGAAGUAAACAGUGCACAGGCUAGUUUCCUGUACAGACAGAGAAGUGAUUCUGCAUGUUGACUUUCUGACUAGUGUUUCGUGAUUAAGCUUCAGGAGAAGGCUAUAACUGAAGCUUCUGCUGUAUGAUGUUGACGACAUUUAUC